AAAGGUCCAAAACCGAAAAGCAAGAGGCAAACAAGCCCAAACCCUUCCAACGAGCCCUCCAAGCAGCCGCAACCGCUGCCGCGCCGCAAUCGUCCAUGGCGGCUCAGCCGCCGUCUUCCGGAGUGCCGGCGGCAGCCGGAAACACCAAGCGCACCCCGAAGCGAAAGCCCAAGACAAAACCAGUCGCCCCCUCCGCCCUAAACCCUAACUGGGCCCAGCUCCAGUCCAAGCUCCCUGCCUCCACGUUCCUCGGCAAGCGCAAGCACCGCCCCGUCCCUUCUCCGCCACCUGAGCCGUCUCCUAACCCUGAGGCGGCGGAGCUGAGUUCCAAGCUUGAGCCGACCUCCGACGACACCAGCUUGACGAAGGCGUUGGCGCUGGAUUGCGAGAUGGUCGGGGUUGGGGCCGGUGGCAGCAAGAGCGCCCUCGCCAGGGUCACCUUGGUUAAUUCCUUCGGCAACGUUGUAUAUGAUGAAUAUGUUAGGCCAAUGGAGCGAAUUGUGGACUACCGUAGCCAUAUUAGUGGGAUUAGACCUAAGCACAUGAAUAAAGCCAAAGAUUUCUCGAUUGUUCAAAAGGACGUAGCUGAGCUUAUCACAGGAAGGGUUCUUGUUGGACAUGCCUUACACCAUGAUCUUAAGGUCCUGCUACUAGGCCAUCCAAAGAAGGACAUAAGAGACACCUCAGAAUAUGAGAUUUUCAGACGGGAGGGCAAGCGGAGAUCGUUGAAAGAUCUUGCUGCUCAAGAACUUUGUGUUAAGAUACAACAGCAAGAGCACUGCCCGAUUGAGGACGCUCGGGCAGCAAUGUUCAUUUACAAGAAGCACAAGAAAAGUUGGGAGAAGAACAAGAAAGAUCAAUUCAGGUUCAAGAACAAGCAGAAGAAGCGAGGCAAUAAGAAAUCUGCUGAAGGCAGCGAGAAGGACCCCAAUGUCCCAAUAGUUCUACUGUAGGAAAUAUAGAUGUAGGGGGCUAGGGCCAAGCAGUGUCGUUCUUAACAUGGAUUUCACGACGCCAAAGGGUGUGUCGUGUGGGAAUUUCAGAUGGUCCCUGUGAAGAUUUCAAGAUCAGCACGCCAACCUGGGAAUUUCUCCGGACGAACCAUGAACUUCGGUACCAUGCUGGACGGGUGGAUGGAUGGCUAUGCCGUGAUUAUAUCUGUUGAUUCGGAUUUCUCUGUAUCACAUCUGUUUGAGGGAUUGAUUGAAAAUUGCGUGGUUGAUCAUUCCUCACAUCACAUUGUGAUGAAACUUCGCACAUGCGUGCAAGGUUCUGUAACAAGUAUUUACAUGAUGAGCUGAAAAAUGCCGCAGCCGAUAAUAUUUGGUUGCUGGUAAUUCCACUUUGA